UGGAUACUGGAUGUUUACAACAAAUAUGGCCGAUAACGGUGGAAAUUCUUUACAACACACAAGCAGUGCUGUGUAGAACUAUCUAGAACUCAUCGGAGAAACCGUUUUCUUAGUAGCAGGUCGUUGUGUGAAGUACAAUUAUGGCAGAACAAAGUCAAGCAGCUCAUGUUUUAUUGUCUGUUGAGGCUGAAGCUUAUGUUGAGCAUCUUGAAGUGUUUGACUUGAAAGACAUCGGCACACCAAGAUGGCACCAGCAACAUGAAAACUUGGAAAAAUUGAACAUGCAGGCUGUAGUUAAUGCUGCAGCUAAAGAGGAUGAGUUUGUAAAGGAAUUCUUUAUUUCGUAUGGCAAGAUUGAUAUGCUUGUUCAGGAUUUACUGUUGACAGAAAUUUGGAAGCAAAAUGUUUUCCCUGAACUUGUUGAUAUGGAGUUUCAGCCCAAAACCACCUUCCCAAUUUAUAUGGUGCUUUACCAUGAAGCUACAGUUGUCAAUCUACUGGAGACCAUGAUGUUCUACAAAGAGACAUGUGAAGUCGCAGAGGACUCAAUCCUCGACCUUGUGGAUUAUUGCUAUCGCAAACUGUGCUACCUGGCUGCCAAAGGAAAUGAUGAGGAUGAUGAAUUUUUACCAAUGGGGCAGAGAGAAAUUACCCAGUCAACCAAUAAUAUGGACGAGCUGGAAGAGCAGGACAAGAAACUACAAUUUGAGAUCAGCAUCAAAGCUUUGACAUUACUGCGUUAUGUCACAGAUCAUUUUGAUUGCCUUCCACUGAGUGUUAUGACAAGAGUGCUCAAUACUCAUGACAUUCCCAUAUUGCUGGUACAACUGGUAGAGUCCCCACCUUGGACAAGGAGAAAGGAUGGGAAAAUAUACAAGUUCAUAGAUGGCAAAUGGCAAGAAGUCAGCUUUGAGGACAGUUUAAAGUUGACAAAGACAGAGGGACAGGUUUGGCUUGCUCUCUUCCAUCUCCUGAUGGAACAGCAGUGUCAAGAGAAAUAUGACUUGAAUAACUACAGGAAAAAUACUAUUAUAAAGCUCCGGUCGUAUCUGACGGAGGUUCUCUUGGACCAGAUGCCUGUAUUGGGAGAGUUGCAACGGAAUUUGGAGCAUCUAGCCAUCAUGGAUCCUCCUCCUGCCAAAAAAGAUCUUGUUUUAGAACAGGUUCCUGAAAUCAGAGAGAAACUUCUGAAGAAAUACAAUGGGAAAUGGGAGAAAAUUGCCAAGGUGCAAUCGAAGAAAAAUUUCAACCAGUCAGAUGCUGCUAUCAGGGAACAAGCUCAAAGAUGGGCUUCAACAUACAACUUUGACGUGUUGGAAGAACUUGUCUCCGAGCCUCCGAAGUGUGCAGUAUGUGGUCAGCCUGCCAGUAAACGAUGCUCACGCUGCCAGAACGAGUGGUAUUGCAGAAGGGAAUGCCAAGUUGGUCACUGGAAAAAGCACAAGCAGGCAUGUGAUUUGCUGUUCAAUGCCAUGGAGAAGAUAAAACAACAAGAGGUUAAAUCGUGAUAGAAUAUCUAAAGAGCUGUAAUUAUGCAUUGGUGUGAGUCUGUCAUGAUUGUGAAUGUAUCAGAGUUUAAAUAUAUGAGAAUGUAUAAUUGUUGAAAUGUGAGUUGAGAGUCUAAAAAAUCCUUUAUUCAUUGAGACCCAGACUGGGAGCAAGGCAUCAAAAGUUUUCUAUGAAACCUGAUUAAAAAUUGUCUCCCUUUUUGUCUCUGCAAACUGACAUGUUGUCAAAGAUGAAGACGGAUCAUUUCGUAAUUUGAACAGAAAAACAGUUGUUGGACAGAGGCAACUUUUUUUCUUUUUUUUUUAGAUAUAAAUCACAUGUGACAAGUCCUUUUUCUUUGUUCUACACCCCGCGUUUGAUCUUACAGGUAGUCAGCUGUUGGUUUUUCAACCAGCAGUGUAGCUGAUUUUUACAUAGCCAUGUUUUU